AUGCUGGCGUGGUGUUUGGUAGUGGCGCUGGUGGGCGCCGCGCUGGGCUGCGAGCUCAAACCGGGCGAGGGGGCGACCAACAAAUCUCCCGGCGACAACUUUUACCGGUUGAUACUUAACGGCGAGGUGGAGCGGUACGCUCCCGGGAAGCGUUACGUUGUAACCCUCGUGGGAUCACGUACGCACGAUGUCGUGCAACAAUUCACAAGGUUCAAGCUUGUCCUGGACCCGUUGGAUCCCGCCGCUCCCAGGUCCAUCAGCAAACAGGGUCAAUUCCAACUGUUCGCCGACACACUGACAAAGUUUGACGAGGAGUGCUUUAAUUCGGUAGUGGAAGCCGAUGACUUGCCGAAGACCGAGGUGCAGGUCAUGUGGAAAGCGCCACAAACGGGUUCGGGAUGUGUUCUUCUGAAAGCCAUGGUAUAUGAGAACGCGAGCCUUUGGUACUCUGAGGACGGUCAGCUGACGAAACGUGUUUGCGAGGACACCUCACUUUCGGUGCCAGAUUGCUGCGCCUGCGACGACGCCAAGUACAAGAUGGUGUUCGAGGGCCUGUGGUCGCCGCAGACGCAUCCCAAGGACUUCCCGGUGCAGGCCGCGUGGCUCACCCACUUCUCCGACGUCAUCGGCGCCACCCACCCCAAGAACUUCUCCUUCUGGGGCGAGGGGCUCAUCGCAUCCGACGGCUUCAGGUCCCUGGCGGAGUGGGGCUCGGUGGGGCUGCUGGAGCGCGAGCUGAGGCAGCAGGGGCGGCUGCUCCGCUCCAUCGUGAAGGCGCAGGGGCUCUGGCACCCGAGAGUCAACUCCAACACGUCGACGGUCUUCUCCGUGGACAGGAGGCGCCACUACCUCUCCCUCGCUUCUAUGUUCGGUCCAUCCCCCGACUGGGUGGUGGGCGUGAGCGGCCUGGAGCUCUGCAACAAGGACUGUAGCUGGGUGGAGUCGAAGACCAUCGACCUGUUUCCCUAUGACGCCGGCACCGACAGCGGCAUCUCCUACAUGUCCCCGAACGCGGAGACGGUGCCCCGCGAGAGGAUGUACCGCAUCACCACCAUGUACCCCGAAGACCCGCGGGCGCCCUUCUACGAGCCGCGCCGCCAGGAGAUGGCGCCCAUGGCACGGCUCUAUCUGACGAGGGAGAAGCUGGUGCCGCGCGCCUGCGACGAGGACACGCUGCAGGCCCUCGUCACCGACGAGGCGGAGAACUCGCAGGCGGUCGACAGGCCGGAGUGCGCGGUGGAGGAGUGGGGCUCGUGGAGCGCGUGCUCGGUGAGCUGCGGCAAGGGGCUGCGCAUGCGGUCGCGCCGCUACCGGCUGCCGCAGCGGGCCGCCUCGGCCGCCUGCGACCGCCAGCUCGUCGCCAAGGAGAUGUGCGUCGCCGAUCUGCCAGAGUGCCCUGACGACGGCGCAAACGAAGAGUUGGAAGAGACGAACGUGGCACCGAUCGAGGAGUUGGACGGGGUCUGCAAGACGACCGAGUGGGGCCCCUGGAGCGAGUGCUCGGUCACCUGCGGCAUCGGCAUCAGCACCAGGAGGCGCUCCUUCCUCAACCACAUGGGGCUCAAGAAGUGCCCCCUCGUGCCCACCGAGGAGAACCGCAAGUGCAUGGAGCCGCAGUGCGCGGAGCCGGAGAGCGCCGUGUCGGACCCCGCCUGCCCCACCACCGAGUGGGCGGGCUGGUCGCCGUGCUCGGCCUCGUGCGGCCGCGGCGUCAGGUUCCGCACCAGGCUGCUGCUGGUGCCCGCCGAGCGCCAGCAGGACUGCUCCGCCAGGGUCGAGCUGCUGCAGCAGCGGCCCUGCCGGGAGCGCGAGGAUUGCUCCGUAGACAUGCCCACCGCUAAACGCAUCUGCAUGGAGGCGCCGGAGCAGGGUCCCUGCCGGGGCCUGUACCAGCGCUGGGCGUUCGUGGCCAUGAAGGGCAUGUGCGUGCCCUUCAACUACGGCGGCUGCAGAGGCAACCAGAACAACUUCCUCACGCAGCAGGACUGCAUGGACACCUGCAAGGUCGUGCUCGGCGCCGCUGGGCCCCCGAGCCAGUUCCCUACGGCGAGCAGCAACUACCCAGGUCUCAGCAUCAGCUCUAUUGUACCAGUGCCCGCCGUUCUCAGUGAGAUAAUUGAGUAUGAUUCAACACGUGUUCGGUGUAAUAUCUCGAACUCGUCUCUUGCUGGUGGUGGUGAUGCCGGCGCUGCCGGUGUUGUGGGGGUGGGGGCCGGGGGGGAGCGCGCGUGCCGCCUGAGCGAUUGGGGCGAGUGGAGCCGCUGCAGCGUCACCUGCGGCGUCGGCUACCAGGAGCGCACCAGGACUGUGCUCGAGGGUCCGAGCGCCGGUGGCGCCCCCUGUCCCGCGAGGCUCACGCGCCGGCGGAGGUGUUCCAGGUUCUGC